AAUGCGUUUGCCCCACUGCAAAUGGGGGAUGUCUUCUAAAUUUCCCAAUCUAGCCUACAAUCUGGGGGUUUCCUGGUGGUCUCCCAUCCGCAGACUAAUCAGGCCUGACCCACUGAGAGCGUGCCAUCGAUAUCCUUAUUUCACACAGCCUUGAUGAAUUGUUUUACAGCUUUUUCAUGAGACACAGGGCUUUGAUCACAUGGGGGUGGUGGCCAUCUUGACUUUUUUGACCCUCUCCUGCGGACACCUUUAGUCUGAGGGCUCUUCUUUUGCUGGCGUCUUGCAGCCAUGACACUUCACCCCUGCAUCCUUCUUGCAGAUAACUGGGCCUUUCUCUACGCCCAGCGCCUGGCCUUAAAACAGCGUCUCCCGCUGCACGUCUGCUUCUGCCUGGUGCCCAAGUUCCUGGAUGCGACCAUCCGCCACUUCGGUUUUAUGCUCAGAGGCCUCGAGGAAGUCGCCGAGGAGUGUCGGACGCUUGACAUCCCCUUCCACUUGCUGAUCGGUUAUGCUAAAGACACGCUGCCCCCCUUUGUGGCCCAGCGCGGCAUCGGCGGGGUGGUGACGGACUUCUCCCCACUCCGCCUUCCCAUGAAAUGGAUUCAAGAGGUCCUGGAACAGCUGCCAAGCGAUGUGCCCUUUGCUCAGGUGGACGCCCACAACAUUGUCCCGUGCUGGGUUGCCUCGGACAAGCAGGAGUACGGGGCGAGGACGAUUCGCCGGAAGAUCCACGACCAGCUGGCUGAGUUCCUGACUGAAUUUCCGCCUGUUAUCAAGCACCCUUUCCCUGUUGGGCUUCAGGAGGAGCCCAUCAGCUGGGAUGCCUGCUAUUCCAGCCUGCAGGUCGACUGCUCCGUGAAGGAGGUGGACUGGGCCAAACCGGGCGCUGCGUCUGGCCUGAAGGUGCUGGAAGAGUUUGUGAAGGAGAGGCUGAAGCACUUCGCCUCUGGCCGAAACAACCCCAACCAGGCAGCCCUGAGCAAUCUCUCACCCUGGUUCCGCUUUGGUCAGGUUGCUGUGCAGCGAGCUAUCUUGGAGGUCUACAAGCAUCGUACCAGGUACAAAGAGUCUGUGGAAGGUUUCAUCGAGGAGGCCGUGGUGCGUCGGGAGCUGGCGGACAACUUCUGCUUUUACAACCCCAACUACGACAAGAUCGAAGGUGCUUAUGACUGGGCCAAGACCACACUGAAGAUCCAUGCCAAGGACAAGAGGCCCCACUUGUACACACUGAAGCAGUUAGAAGAAGGGAAGACACAUGACCCCCUGUGGAACGCCGCUCAGCUCCAGAUGGUUCAGGAUGGGAAGAUGCACGGCUUCCUGCGCAUGUAUUGGGCCAAGAAAAUCUUGGAGUGGACCAGGUCCCCAGAGGAGGCCCUACAGUUCAGCAUCUACCUGAAUGACCGCUAUGAACUGGAUGGCCGAGACCCCAACGGAUAUGUAGGCUGCAUGUGGUCUAUUUGUGGGAUCCAUGACCAAGGAUGGGCUGAACGGGCCGUGUUUGGCAAGAUCCGCUACAUGAAUUAUGCCGGUUGCAAGAGGAAGUUCGAUGUUGGCCAGUUUGAGCGCAAGUACGGAGCUCACAGCUUCACUCAGUAGCUUUUGUGGACAGAGAUAGUAAACCGAAACCUGGAGGCCUGCCGGCAACGCUAGCGAACAUGUGCUUCUCCCCUUCUAAAGAGCAAGAACAAGCAAGGCACCCACUGUUGCUGAAGCAAAAGUCACUCUGCCUUGGUUGAUAUCCCUUCCCAAAAGCCCUGGCCUUUCUCUAGCCUGUUCAAAGGACCCCUUUCUCUCCAGGUAUGAGUGAAAACUUUUCUCUACUUGGAGAAGUGGGGCUCUUUCUGCAUUUCAGCUUCUGCUUGAGGAGCAGGUGGUGGCUGUGGCCGAGAAGGCCUUUGCUCAGAUUUAUCUCAUGUGGUGGUUGGGCCCGUUCCUGGAUCAGGAGGACCUCUAGAUAGUCGCUCAUGCCCCAGUCACCUCAUGAAUAGGCUAUUGCAAUGCGCUUUACAGGGGGCUGCCUUUGAAGACCACUCAGAAGCCACAGCUGGUCCAGAAUGCAGUGGUGUCAACAGUAAUGGGCAUGCCAUGGUAAGCCCAUGUGACACUACUCCUCUGUGAGCUGCACUGGUUGCCAGUUGGGUUCCAGAUGCAGUUUAAGGUGCCAGUUAUCACCUAUAAAUCCUUCAUGGCAUUCGGGCUGGUUAUUCGAGGGACCACCUAUCUGAAAUUGUUUCUGCCUGCUGAAUAAAAUCAGGCAGAAUGGAUACGCUCUGCAUCCCAUCAAUUAAGCAGUGUCGUCUUAUGGGACCUAGGAAACACAGCUCUCAGCACCUGCCUGUUGAAAAAGCGUCUCCCCAGAAAUCCAUAUGGCUCUGACCCUGAUGAUGCUCCAAACAUCCUUGAAAACCUGACUGUUCUCCCAAGCCUUGGCUGAGGGCGGGCGACAAGGCUCUUACAGAACUUCAUCAGUUUGAGGAAUGGCCUUUUCCAGAUUUACAUGAUUAUUUUUACUGUUUUUAUUAUUUUUGUACACAGCCCAGAGUCUUAUGGAAUUAGGUGGCUUUCUAAAUCAAAUAUACUGAUUCCCACUCUGGCAACAGCCUGGGACAACUGGGUCUAGACUCAAUAUGAGUUGCACAAGAUAAUUCAAGUCACUGGGCUCAGCGGGAAAGAUACAAUCAGCCCGUAGGUAACUUUAAAGCUAUACAGAAGUUGCAAGAGAUUCACUGAAUAUAAUCUUUCUUGGGGAAACUGCUUCAUAAACAGAGCGCGGGGCAGAAGAAAUGGCUGAAUAACAAUUUGUGAGUGGUACAGUUAUAACGUACCAAGCAUUUUCCAUGAAUUUAUUGUGGUGUUUUUGUAAAAUAUUUCAGUUGUGGAACUUUCCACCAAAAGUGAAGAUACCAGAGAUGCAGCCUGCUUAUUAUUAUUGUUUAUUACUGAUGAAAUUUCCAUUGUUAUGCUGCAUUGGAAUAACAGAUGGAUUUCCAGGUUCAA